UCUCUGCCUCAUUGUAGAGGCUGCUGCUGAUGCAGACAUCCCCGCCGAGGCCGAUCACAGCCGGCACCGUUGGUACCAUGGACAGUUCUGCACGCAUGUUCCGACAUCAGUCCCGAUGGGAAUCCACGGCCAGCCCUUGUGUCUAAAAGGAGAAUGAAGAGGAGGAGGAACUGGAAACCUCAGGAGCCCUGUGAGAAGUUUCUGUGAAGUUUCAAUGAACGCAUCGGAAGAGCUUUCCUAGUGUUUAACUCAAUGGCUAAGAAAGGCCGCGCGAAGGGCGAGAAGCCCGAGGCCCUCAUUUCUGCCUUGCAGGCGGCCAACGAAGAUCUCAGGUCCAAGCUGACGGACAUUCAGAUAGAACUGCACCAAGAAAAAUGCAAGGUGACGAAGCUGGAGCGGGACAAGGUGCAGGAGGUGAAGCGAGUACGGGAGCAGGAGCAGCAUCGCCACACCGCCAUGCUCACAGAGCAGCGAGCCAAGUGGCAUGAGGAGAAGCAAAAGGAGCUGCAGGCUCUCAGGGAAAACCUGACCCGGCAGCACGAGCAGGAGCUGGCCCGCCACGCCAAAAUCAAAGAGCAGGAGAACCAGAGGCUCAAAGCUGCGCUCAGCGCCAUGAGAGAUGGCAGCGGGGAGAAGGUGCGUACUGCACUCACCCUGGAAGCAAAAGAGGAGGCGCGGCGCUUCUUUGACGUGGAGAGGGUGAAGCUCCUGCAGGAGAUCGGCGAGCUGAAGUCCACCAAGAAACAGACGGACGAGGCUCUCAGCAACAUGAUCCAGGCGGACAAGAUGAAGGCCGGAGACCUGAGGGUGGAGCACCAGCAGCACCAGGAGCAGAUAUCCAAGAUCAAGUGGGACUGUGAGAAGGACAUUCGCAGACUGGUGGAUGAAAUCAGGUCUAAAGAUCGCACCAUCUUCUCUCUGGAGAAGGAACUGGAGUCGACAUCGGGCUACCUGCAGAAGCUGCAGCUCCAGAAGGAAGCGUUGGACGAGCAGCUGUUCCUGGUCAAGGAGGCUGAAUGUGGCCUGGGAAGCCCCAAAAGAGAGAUCCCAGGCAGAGCUGGAGACGGGGCAGAGCACUGCGGGAGCCCUGUAAGUACAGGAAUGGACCUGAGAAGAAAUCAGAGGCGAAUGGCUGAACUGAACUCAACCAUACGCAAGUUGGAAGACCGUAAUUCGCUGUUGGUUGAUGAAAGAAAUGAGCUGUUGAAGCGAGUGCGUGAGUCAGAAAAGCAGUGCAAGCCCAUGCUUGAUAAGAACAAGCUGCUGAGUAAGAGGAAUGAUGACCUGACGCAGUCUCUGCAGAAGCUGGAGAACAAGCUGAAGAGCCUGACGAAGGAGAACCUUGAGAUGAAAGAGCGGAUCAGCUCCCACCCUCCUCUGAAGAAGCUGAAGUCUCUGAAUGACCUGGACCAAGCCCACGAUGACCAGGAAAUAGCCUUUCUCAAGCUCCAGGUCCUGGAGCAGCAGAGCAUCAUCGACGAUCUGACCCGAGACCGUGAAAAACUUCUUAGAAAGAAAAGGCAUAAAAGAAGACAAAUAAAGAGACCCAUUGUAGUAGACACCUUUUUUGGGUACGAUGAGGAGUCGAUGGAUUCGGAGACAUCGUCAGUGGCUUCGUAUCGCAUGGACAGAACCCCUGCCACCCCCGAUGAAGACCAGGAUGAGGGUCUCGCCAACGAGGAAUCUGAGUUGCGUUUCCGUCAGCUGACCAGGGAGUAUCAGGCAUUGCAGCGAGCCUACGCUCUGCUGCAGGAGCAGAAGGGAGGAGUUCUGGACGCUGAGAUGGAGGCCAAGGCUCACGAGCAACUUCUCGCUGAUGUUAUCAGGUAUAAGGAGAAAAUCGAGGACUUGGAGAAGGAACUGACCUUGAAAGGACAGGACUCAAAAUGGGUCGAGGAGAAGCAGCUCUUCCUAAGAAGAAAUCAGGAGUUACUAGAGAAGGUGGAUAAGAUGGAGUCGGAGUGCAGUCGGCUGCAGCAGGAGCUUCAAGACUCCAAGGACCAAAAUGAACUGUUGGAGUUCAGGAUACUGGAGCUGGAGGAACGUGAGAGGAGAUCCCCUCCUUUCAAUCAUUUGCGGAUGCAUCCGUUCUCCGAGGGAGUGAGCGCUCUUCAGAUCUACUGCAUGAAAGAGGGAGUCAAGGAUGUGUGUAUACCAGAUCUCAUAAAGCUUCUGGAUAUCCUCGGAGACAACGGGAACUUGAGAAAUGAGGAACAGGUGGCUAUUAUUCAGGCCAGCACCGUCUUGUCUCUAGCAGAGAAGUGGAUCCAGCAGAUAGAAGGGACGGAGGCGGCGCUGCACCAGAAGAUGAUCGACCUGGAGAUAGAGAUGGACAUGUUCUGUAAACAGAAAGGAUAUCUAGAAGAAGAGCUGGACUACAGGAAGCAGGCCCUGGACCAGGCUUACAUGCAAAUCCAGGAGUUGGAAGCGACCUUGUACAACGCCCUGCAGCAGGACAAGGUGAUAAAGUACGGCGAGCCCCUGAGUGAGCUGCAGAGGGACGAGCUGCGGACGGCGGUGGAGAAACUGAGGAGGCAGAUGCUGCGGAAGAGUCGCGAGUACGACUGCCAGAUCCUCCAGGAGAGGAUGGAGCUGCUGCACCAGGCCCAUCAGAGAAUUCGUGAUCUUGAAGACAAGACGGAAAUCCAGAGGAGGCAGAUAAAAGACCUGGAGGAAAAGGUCGUGUGUCAACUUGGAGGUCUUAUUUUUUACUGCAGUGUUAUUUAUUCCCUGGACGAGCUGGAAGUGGUGUGUACAGCAGUGGUUGCUACUGUCCCAACGUCCCUGACUGAUGUCCUUGUAGGUGGAUGUGUUUUGCAUUGGCCCGUUCCCACCUCCGAUGUUCAUUUUUUUUAUUUAUCUACUCAAAAAAGGCUUUGAAUCCUCAAGAUGCUGCCCGGGAUGAUUUUUUCCCCCCCUCUUCCUUUUUCUUUUCUGGCAAUGUUGGGCAUUACAAGAGUACUGCAACACACUGCAAGAAGGGCACGGUCUUGUAAAGACACACCCAUACGGUAGAGAGCGACACACACUUGAGAAACAGGCAUGCAUAUAUAGAUGCAUGCAAAUACACACGCAUCCAUGCUUUGACAAAUCCAAACCAAAGCCUCGGAAAUGUUCUCUCUGCCAUGCAGAGUUAUAGUAUGACGUCCACCACUAUUCAGUCGCAGCAGCAGCAACAUAAACAGAAGAAAAAACCCCAAAACAACCAACCAGACCACAGCCCGUCCAGUUUUUUUUUUUUGUUUUUUUGUUUUGUUUCCCUUUUAUUUUACCGUCUGAAACUGAAAUAAUCCUACUUUACGAAAGCAAGCACUCGAUGUGAAGAAGCGAGCCAACUCAGGGCCCCACAAGUGCAGAUGUGGUUCAUGCAGCUCUGGUCUCAGGUCAGAUAAUAAAAGAGCGCUCCGGACAACGAGUGUCACCGAUUAUCCUGCCGUUGCUGAUCCCAGGAUUGGUGCUUACACAGACUGCUUGCACUUUCCAGAAGUUGCAUCUGGAAAAAGACAGUGUACCCUGCAGAUACGGGUGUGUAAGGAGACUAAAGAGGGGGAUACGGGACAGUCGGGGUGACACGUCCUCUCUUCAGUGAAGACGGUUAAGAGAAGGAGAAGACUGGGGGAAAUGACACUCUUUGAGCCAGCCCCACUUGGCCUGGAUCUCCACAGGAAAAGAUGGUCAAACUGCUUUUUAACCUUUUCUCAAAAGCCAGCAGACUGUAAGAGCUUCACUCUCUGAUUUUCUUUGAUUUACAGCCACUCGGAUACUGUAUCCCCAAGGUUUCCACACAAACAAAGCUUAUUCUGUACUGUAUUAUAUAUAGUGUUAAUAUGUACAUGUAUCUGAAUUAUUUAAAGUAGACUCCCCGUUUAAUUUUUGUGAAUAGCACUUUUUCUUUUUUAACUCUCUGAAGCAGCUUGAACAGUUGAUGUACUUGGCAGUUUGUAAAUGACUUAAAAAGGGUAUAAAUUACUCUGUUUUAUUGUGGUGAUGGCUGCAAAGAUGAGCUUUAUUUCCCUGAAAAUUGUUACUGAAAAAUAGUCUUAAUAUGAAUGUGGAAAAAUAAUGGAAAUACAUGCUGCCCCUUUCCUUUUUCCUACUCUCUAUUAGAUAUAUUUUAUUGUAUUAUUAUUAUUCUGCUGUCUAAAAUGUGUCACUUUAUCGGAUCAACAGGGGAUGCUGGUUCCACCAACGUUCCCUUCAAAAGUUGUAAAUAUUUUCAGUCUAGUAUGCAAUUUAUCUGCAUCAAAUCUGGUUCAAAUUCAAUUUUCAUUUUCUGUUAUACGGUCCGUACUUUCCUGUGGGGAAUUUCAAGUGACGGAUGCAGAAACAGUACAGCAUCACCUCUCCCAACUAUACAGCAGAGUCCCUUCUGUACCGCUCCUUUCUUUUUUUACUAACAAAAACUUCUUUGAUACAAGCAAUCCUCUUUUACUAAAUACUAUUGAUCACUUAAGGGCCCACUUGGGAGAAGAAAAAAACAAAAGACGAAACAGGAGAAAGUGAAGGCGACACUUCUCCUUCGCUGCCCAGAUGCUGAAAUAUUUACUAGUUGAGUGUGCUUGGUCCAUGUGUACUUGAACAAAUAUCUGCCAUCAAUCCGGCGUCGUGGCUCCGUCCACGGCUCGGGCUUCACACCGGGAUCCCGUUACGUAGCGGACGGCCAGUGCAGUCUCUGCUCCUUUUCGUGUCAGCUUCGCCGGGGGAAUGACUGAUGCUUUCUCUUCCUCCUAACUCAGCUAACAUGAACUCACCUUAAAUGCACUUUUUUCUCUGCUCAUGUUUUCCUUUUUAACUGCUGUUUGUCACACCGGUUUUGAUAUGUUACAAAUAUACAUUACAGUACAGUAAUGUGUAUAUUUUUUAUGUUUUUGUUAUUAUUUGACAGAUUUUUGACUGUUUGAUUUUUUUAAUCCUUCUCGUCUGUCCAGUUUCAAUAAAGGUCCCUUUAUUUCUU